AUGUGGGUGCAGCUGAGCUAUUUGGCAGCAAGUGGAACGACAGCUUUUGCAUUAUGUUCUAAUUAUGUUAUCUUUACAUUAACGGGCCGCAUGUGGUGCGUAGAUAGCGUGGUGGGUGGCAAUUGUAUCGGUGGAUGCGGGUAUUUGCUUUGUGCUG